AUGGUCACAUGGGCACGAAUGAAGUUUAAACCCAAGAAGUCAAGGAGCCUGAUUAUCAAGAAGGGAAAGGUCACCAAAAGAUUCACUCUACAGGUGCAAGGGGAAGACAUUCCAUCCAUUAUUGACAGUCCAGUCAAGUGCCUCGGCAAGUGGUACGACGCCAGCCUGAAGGACACUAAUAACAUCACUAGAGUCAAAAACCAGCUCCAAGAUGGCCUGAAGCUUAUAGACCAGACAGGACUCCCGGGCAAGUUUAAGGCAUGGCUCUACCAACAUGGGUUACUACCUAGGCUUAUGUGGCCCCUUAUGCUGUACGAGAUAGCUACAACCACUGUAGAAGGAUUCGAGAGAGUGAUCAACCGGCAUCUCCGGAGAUGGCUUGGUGUCCCUCCUAGUUUCACCAGCAUUGGACUGUAUGGCAGAACCAACCAACUUCAACUCCCAAUGACCUCACUAGUUGAAGAGUUCAAGGUUGCCAAAGGAAGACUGGUGGUAACCCUCAAAGAGUCAUCAGAUGACAUGAUAUGGAAGGCAGGCAUCGAGACACGCACAGGGCGAAAGUGGUCAGCAAGCCAGGCAGUCGCCCAGGCAGAAAGCAGGCUACGACACAAAGACAUCGUAGGCACCACAGCUAUAGGAAGACAAGGCCUGGGCAGUUCAAAAUCACAACGCUGGAGCACUGCCGGUAAGAAAGAAAGAAGCCAAAUGGUCCAGUAUGAGAUCAGGCCUUCAGAAGAGGAAGACAGGCGCGCCAGAGCAGUCGGGAUGGGAGGGCAGUGCGCAUGGACACAAUGGCAGACCACAGAAAGACACCUGACAUGGGUAGACAUUUGGCACUACGAACCACUACGACUCAAAUUCCUACUGAGAUCCGUAUAUGAUCUGCUGCCAUCUCCAGUCAAUCUACACAGAUGGGGGUUAGUGGAAGACCCAAAGUGUCAGCUGUGCGACAAACCAGGAACCAUACAGCACACCCUCUCAUCUUGCCAGACAGCGCUAACACAAGGCCGCUACAGAUGGAGGCACGACACAGUCCUCAAGGAGCUAGCAGACAUACUAGAGCGGGAGAGAAGGAAGACAAGACCUACCAACAAGAAGGCAGUACCAACAAUCAAAUUCGUCAAGGAAGGACAAACUGCCAAGAAGGCAAGAACCGCAGCAACAUCUAUCCUUGAUGAAUCAGAGCGUUGGGAGAUGAAGGUCGACCUAGGAAAACAGCUGGUAUUCCCAGACAUAGUCCAUACCACACAGAGACCAGACUUAGUUAUAUGGUCUCCCAAGGACAAGAAACUGGUGAUGAUAGAACUCACUGUACCCUGGGAGACUAGGUGUGAUGAGGCCUACGAGCGGAAAAUGGGAAAGUACACUGAGCUACAAGAACAGUGUAAAAGUCGCGGUUGGAGUGCCUGGCUGUUCCCCGUUGAAAUAGGGUGCAGAGGAUUUCCAGCCCAAUCAGUAUGGAGAAUGCUCAGCAACAUUGGGAUCAAGGGAGGUGACAGGAAGAGGGCUGUAGGCAGACUUGGACAAGCUGCAGAAAAAGCAUCCAACUGGCUGUGGAUGAUGCGAGAGGAGAAGAGCUGGACGCUAAACCACUGA